AGAGUUGUGGGGAGUAGCUGUUAGACAGCCAUUGCAGUGUCGUGGCUCAGUAGCAAAACACGAAAAAGGGAGGAAGACCUGGCAUCUCACAGGCCCUCUGCUUUUAGACAGGGACACCAAUUUGUAUGUUUAUAGGAAAGAACACCCUCGUCAAGUUAAUCUGCACCUAAUUAACGGGUCAGGUAUGUCAUCCAUGUGGGAUUUUCUGUAUAGCAGUUUCAAUAGCGUACUACAGUUUUUAGGACUGUUCAAGAAAUCAGGCAAGUUAGUAUUUCUUGGCCUGGACAAUGCUGGCAAAACAACGCUAUUGCACAUGCUCAAAGAUGACAGAUUGGGACAACAUGUGCCCACUUUACAUCCAACCUCUGAAGAGUUGACAAUUGCUGGCAUGACCUUUACCACCUUUGACCUUGGAGGCCACGCACAAGCUCGGAGAGUGUGGAAAAACUACCUCCCUGCAAUCAAUGGCAUUGUCUUCCUUGUGGAUUGCGCAGAUCACAUUAGAUUGGGUGAAUCAAAAGCAGAACUUGACGCAUUAAUGACAGACGAGACCAUUGGAAAUGUGCCUAUCCUGAUCCUGGGCAACAAAAUCGACAUAUCAGGAGCCAUCAGCGAGGAAAAUCUGAGAGGAGUUUUUGGAUUAUAUGGACAGACGACAGGCAAGGGCAACAUUCCUUUAAAGGAGCUGAACACAAGACCACUGGAGGUGUUCAUGUGCAGCGUGUUGAAGAGGCAGGGCUACGGCGAGGGCUUCCGCUGGCUCUCGCAGUACAUCGACUAAAGACGCCCAGCUACUGUCAUAUGUCAACACCAC